UUUGAUUCUCUUCCUUCAAUUUGUUCUAAUUUCCUUUGCGAGAUCUGUUCUUUCCUGUCAAGCACUAUGAGUCAGACGCAAGUGCACGGCGACGCGCCAUUUCUUCCAAGACAUAAUCAGAAACAUUCUCAAACGACUCCCUGUCAAAUCCCUAAUCCGAUUUCAAUGUGUCUGCAAACAUUGGAAGAAUCUCUUCAAAACGCCAUUUUUCAUCGCUGACCACCUCCACCACUCCACUCAUCAAAGCCCUUCUCUUCUUAUCCAACAGAACAGUAUGUAUGAGCCUUUGCAAUUGCGUUCGCUCGAUCGCGAGAUGCAUGUCCAUGAAGUUCAUAACGCACCUUUGAUCGGUUCCUUACGGGACGUUGAGAUCAUCGGUUCCAGCAAUGGCUUGCUCUGUGUUGCAAUCCAUGAGACUGAUAUAUCUACUUCUUCCCUUCUUUUGUGCAAUUCCCUUUUACUGUGGAAUCCUGCUAUUGGAGAGGUCAGACAGAUACCUAGGACCAGAACUGUUAAGUUUGGUUUGUGGAAGGAAAUAGAAUUUGGAAGCUUGGAGGGUGUACGUUUUAUUCAGGAUACUGUCACAGCAAACGGAACUAUCUUUUGGCAUGGUCAAAAGAAAGAGGAGGGUGAAUAUGAUUCUGAUUUGAUAGUUUUAUUGACAUAGCAAUGGAAGUGUUUGAGUUGAUACAAUGGCCUCCUAUACCUGAUUCUUGUUAUUCAAAUUAUAAGUUUACUGUGAAUGAGGACAAAUUUGCUGCACUUUCUCUAUCUAACAUUGGAAACUUUCUAAACUAUCUAUAUUCUUUGAUUGAUUUGUGGGUGCUAGAGGAGGGUAUAGGUUCAUCUACGGAGAGAUGGUCUUCGACUAAGAAAUGUGCUUGCAAGGGCCCUUCCAACAUGUUACAACUUGGGUGCAUUUGGAGGAAUGAAAUGGUAUGUUCUGAUUCUGGAAUGCAUAGAAAUACCGAUGAAAGUGAAGGUGAAGUGGAGAAUGACGAACAAAAGGCUGUUAUAUAUCUGUUGAAUAUGACUACUAAUGAAUUUAAGAAGGUUGCUAUCCCAGAGGUGGCUAUUUUUUCAAUUAUGUGGACAGUUUUUUCAAGCAUGUGGAAAGCCUUGUACCAGAUGGAAUUGGAAACAUCCACUUUGAAGAACAUUGAUCGGAAAGGUUAUUGAUUACUUUUGUUUGAAUAUUUUGGCGGAAAUAAAUCCAUAUCAGAUUAGAUUAUUGUGUAACUAUAGGGUUUUCAUGCCCUUUAGAGAUGUUAUUCAGAAAGAUGAAUGUAUAUACUCUAUACCAGAUGUUUGUUGUUUUAUUUGACCUAACUAAUAUAUAAUAUCAGAUUGCCCAGUUC